AUGGAUUCGACUCCUGAACAAGGACCUCUGUCCGGCAGGGACAUAAACUUCGACUUUGGGACCUGGGAAAUUGGCAAAAUUAUCUCCAGGAAAUACCGAGAACAGGAGGACCCACAAGGCGGCUCCACGUUGGAAUGCCACGAAGUUUAUGAAGCGAGCGCUAAAGAUCACCCCUCAAAGCAGGCCAUCAUAAAAACCAAAAAGCAAAUCGCCGAUUGGGAUGACUCUGAUUAUGACGAGCCUAGUGAGGAGAUCCAUCGUGAGAUCAAUAACCUAUCCGACUUGGAAGACUGUAGGGCCACACCUAAGCUUCUGGGAUCUGUGAUCUACACGCAACGCCCCGACGAAGAGUUGCCAGCCGGAUACGUUGCAUAUAUCGUGAUGGAGAAAGUUCCCGGCGAGGAUCUGGAAAACUUCGACACAUUCACCAGGGAGGAGCAGGAUCAUGCUCUAUGGGAAUUUGGUUCCUACCAUUACACUCACUGGGACCCACGAAGAGAAAACAUUGUAUGGGGACCCUCGAGUGGACAAUGCUUUAUUGUGGACCUCGAAGACGCCGAGAAAUUUCCAAGCCUAACCAAGCGUGAUACAUGCCUUGAUUCAUUCGCAGCAUUAGAGUCCUGGGGCUUAAUCAAGGGUUUGCAUGACGGUAAACUCUUCUUUGAGAAGGAUAGACUACUCGAAGAUCUCAAAGCUAGACUCGACAGUCAGGAACCGCCCAAGAUGGCCGGUGAACUUCAAUAUACGAUAUUUCGGAAGGGAGAAGGCAAGUAG